CGGAAGGUCACGAUCGAUUUAAAGUUAUGCCAGUGUGCGGCCCAGCGCGACAGACAGCGUCUAUGUUCACAUAUAGUCUUAUCAGUUAGCGCUUAACAAGCAUAGAUACCUUCACUGGCCGCCGUGCAACUUUCAAGUCGGGAUUGACUGGUCCAGGUUCCGAAACCACCGUCGCGUCCUCAUGGCUCAACCACAUCUGGACCGUCAUUCACUUGGAAAAACACAAUAUAACCCGUCAUGUCUUAUCGUCUCGCAACUUGGUCAUUACUGGCGGCGGCGCUGGCCCCAGCGGUGCUUGCAAUCCCACUUUCUAUCAAUCCUUACAAUGAUCCCAGUCGGCCGCAACUCAAGGUUGCGCCGUUAAUCGCCACUGAGCAUCCAUAUGGAACCGUUAACAACUCGUAUAUAGUUAUUCUUCGCGAUGACCUUCCCCAGGAUGUCGUGCAGAACCACUUCAACUUCCUCCAGAUGGCUCAUGCCUCUGACUCGCUCCUCGGUGACGAGUUUGCAAAGGGUGUCCGUCACUUCUAUGAAGGACCAGUCAAAGGUUAUGCUGGAGAGUUCACUGAGAACGUCAUCGACCAGGUACGGCGGAUGCCUGAGGUUGAGUUCGUAGAGAAGGACCAGAUCGUACAUACCACGCGUAUCAAUACCCAGAAGGACUCACCUUGGGGUCUUGCCCGUAUCAGCCACCGCAACAAACUUAGGCCCAGCACCCUCACGAAGUAUAUCUAUGACUCGCAAGGUGGCGAAGGUGUCGACGUCUAUGUUAUUGACACCGGUAUCAAUAUUGCCCACUCCGAAUUUCAGGGUCGCGCUUCCUGGGGCAAGACCUUUCCAUCCAGUGAAGUCAAUAAAGACGUCCAUGGUCAUGGUACUCACUGUGCUGGUACCAUUGCUUCCCGCAAGUAUGGUGUCGCUAAGAAGGCACAUGUCAUCGCCGUCAAGGUAUUAGGUUCCAAGGGCUCUGGCACCGUGUCCGAUAUUAUUGCAGGAGUCGCAUGGGCAACUCAGUCAGCUAAAAAGAAGUUUGCAGCUGCUCGCGCCGAGUUUGCCGCCACUGGUAAGACCAAACACAAAGGAUCGGUCAUAAACAUGAGUAUUGCCGGCGGAAGAUCUCCUGCUGAAGACCUUGCUGUCAACCGCGCUGUUGACGCCGGCCUCCAUGUUGCCGUUGCUGCCGGUAUAUUUCACCAGUUAGUUGUUAAGAUCAUAUCUAAUCACAGCAUUAGGAGCCAAAAAGGCUAUCACAGUUGGUGCCUCCACAGUGUUGACGUCCUGUCCACGUACAUUGGCAGCAAACAUGCUACCGCUACCAUGUCUGGUACCUCGAUGGCUUCUCCCCAUACCGCCGGCCUGCUUGCAUACCUUUUGUCGAUUUACCCCUCUACUACCUUCCACCCUAGCUUGAGCUCGACGCGGCCUCCUGCAUUCAACAUCGAGCACCCUUAUUCUUCAUUCUAUUAUCUAUGCCAUGCUGCCCUCCCACGCUGGAUGACCGACUUCAUGCCAUCACCACAGUUUGUCGUCAACGAGCCCGACACUAGCGGUCCGGUCGUGAUCUCCCCCUUGAAGCUCAAGACGGCUCUUCGCAAGCUCGCAUCGUCAAGGAAGCUUACUGGUCUGCCCCCGAAGACAGUGAAUUUGCUUAUCUUCAACAAUGCUACCGCUUAAGCGUGAUAAAUAUAUAUAUAUAUAUAACCAGCGC